CUAGGACAACUAAAGAAUCUCAGCCAAUGAAAUCAUUUGUUUUUGAAUCGACCACUAUUUUAAACUAAACGUAAUAUUAUGAAUCUUUGCUGACGAUUAAUUUUUUAAAAACUUUACUUAAUUUCAGUUAAUUACAACGAUUUUACAGAAAUAAUGUCGAGCCAAGCCAUUACUGACAAAGGACUGGUUUCGUUAACGAACAAAUUGUUGCAACAUCUACAUGUCUAUCAAGAAGUGAAAUGUGUACCAGAUAUCACAGCUGAAAUAUUUGUAAUUAUCUUUGAAGGCCUCUAUGGUGAGAAUCUCCCAGAACUCCAUAGUAGACCUGUAACAAAAGAGGACAAUAUCCAUAACUGCCAAGUUGUAAUCGAUGCUUUAGCAACCAAAGUUCUGAAUACUUCCCUUUCUCACAUCACUGGAGAAAGCAUUGUCAAUGGAAACAGAACAGCAAUUAACAACUUGCUUGAGAUAUUCACCGAUUUGUUUGAGUUUCUUACUGAGAAGAUAGAAGCUGUGGAAGAUGUGGUUGAUGAUGGCCUAGAAGAUUUCAUUCAGGAUAAGGCAUUUUUGGCAGACUGGAUUCAACAAAAACACAUAGAAGAUAAUAAAGAGAAGCUUUCUUCUCCAGGAGCAACAUCUGGCUAUACUCGCUUUGCUUGGCAGGACAGCACCACAGUAGCAGAAAAGGAAGAUGAUCGGAAGAUAUUUGAGCCAGAUAUACUCAAUCGUACGAUGACACUUGGAUCAUACCAUGUCCCAGAUGUUACUGAGCCAGUUCCAUCAGUACCAGGUCAAACUCCAGACAUUCUUGAUCAACCUACAUAUCCACCAAAGAAAGUAAAAAAAAGUGUUAAAAUUCAAAGUAAAGAGAAACAAGAUUUUGUGCCGUUAUUUUUACCAACAUCUAAUCCUCCAGAAUAUAUCACCAAAGUUCAUUCCUCUUGCCAAACCGUACCAUUUUAUGAUGAACCAUUGAAAGAUAAGAAUUAUCAGGAAGAUUUAAAUGGUCCUCGGAAGAUUAUUGGUUCAGACACAAAACCAUCUUUAUUUCCAACAAAUAUUAGAAGAAAUUCUGACUCAUCAACUCAAACGGAGAAAGCCUUCUAUCCUGAAUCGAAUGAUAUCUUAGAGCAAUACAGACCUGGACGCAGUACAAAUCAACUAUUGGAUAUGAUUGAGUCAGCAUUAAAACAACUGCAAAUUGAAAGUCAACCAACAUGCUAUGACAAGAUUCCUCAGAAACAAGUACACUUUGAAGACGUAUACAAACCUAAGGAGAAAUGUUUCCAUCAGAACCCUAUUGUCUCUCGUGAUUGGAAGAAAAAUAAACAAUUACAAUUUCUGAAAAAGAACUACUCAGAAGACCUUGCCCAGUUUUCAGAAGAUGUUAAGUUGACCCUGAAAAGUGAAAAAACUGCUGCUAACAUGAAAGAAUAUCAGAAUCCUUCUAGAACCUCAGUAAAGCAUCAAAGACCUUUGAUGAGACGUUCAGGUAAAGCCCUAUCAUUCCCUUCCCAUCAAUGCCAUAAGAGGAAGCCAGUCGCCAGCACUUCACGAAAGACAGAAAUUAGUGGAGAAGAUCUGCUUCCCACAUUGCUUGAUGACCUCCCACUUCUGCAUCUGUCUACAGAGACAUGGCACGAACUCUGGCGAAAAAACAUUGUUCAGUUGGAACAUCUGACUAAGUCUUACUAUGAGAAACAUCGCAAAAGAGACAGUACAAGACAGCAGGUUAAAGAAGCUGAAAAACGACGAGAAAUUCUUCAUGAUAUUAUGAAGAAAGAGCUUUCUCAUAUGCAAAGAUUGAAAGAAAUUAAAGAAAGCAAGAAACGGCGCAUCGAAGUAAGAAAUCGGUUGCAUGAAAAACGGAUCAUAUCAGCAAAGGCUCGAAGGUACUAUGAUGAUUUUUCAGUAAGAAUGCGUUCUCGAAUGAUGAACCGGAAGACCAAAGAAGAAUUGCUUUUCAAGAACAUGUUCAAAGACUCUCUGCAAAUGCAGAAAGCGCGAGUGCUGGAACUGCAGAAAUAUGUCGGUGAAUUGAGGAAACAGAAAACUGAAGCAUUGCAGAACGAUAUAAAAUCUAUGGAGAACUACUACUGCGACCAGUUUGGGAUGCUUGCAGAAGCAAUGAAAAAACAAUUAGCAGAGAAGCAAAUGAUGCACAACGAACAUAUUAAGUUAAAAUCCAACAUGAAAAAAGAGUUACGUAGCAAGAUGGAGAAAGACAUCCACACCAUCCAGAAGCAGCUGUGUGAUGACGAUGACCACAUUCACUUCCGUCAACUCGACACUGACAGGUUAAAACAAGAGUUACAAAUGGCUAAUUAUGUUUUUAAAUCUCGACCGCAUCAGUACGUUGAAUGAUUCGUUAAGGAGACGACAGUAAUCAGCAAUCCUUUCUCGAUGGUUGCCUAACAUCCAUCAACACCACCAAACGUGCAGAACGAACUUGAUGACUGAUUGAUUAACUUUUCAAACAAGAUUUCAUUUCCAUGUAAAUAUAUGCAAUACAUAAAGCAGAUAACAUUUGUUUCCAUCAUCUAACUAAAACAGCAGAUAAUUAAAACUAAUUUUUUUCUC